UUGAUCGGGUCUGUUUUCAAGAGAAGAAACUUGUCCUCAGACUUUUCCCAGCUUUUAGAGGAUGGACAAAAGAGAAAUUGAAGGAAAGGGAAGUGAUGGAAGGAGAAGACGGUGCAUUUGGCUCUGGAGCUAUAAUUGAUUUGGCAACUGCAGAGGAGUUGGAAGAAAAUAACAUAUUACUUUGGAAGGGAAAAGCUGCUACAGGAAAUGAUAAAGUGAUGGCUCAACAAACAAACAGAGAGGAAGAUGGAAAUGAGAGACAUAACCUAAUUACUGAACCAAAUGAGGAAAAUGGUGCUGUGGAAAAUGAUGAAGGUGGGCCCGAAACUGGAAACGAAUAUGAAGAUGAUAAUGGACACAACUACCAUGAUGUUACACAUGAGGAAAAUGGCUCUGCCGAAAAUGAGCAUGGUGGGCCUGAAACUGGAAACGAAGGUGUUCAGGAUGAUAAUGGACACAGCAAGAAUGAUGAUCCAAAUGAGGAUUGGUGGGAAUCACUUAGUAGAAAGGCAACUUUGUUGAUAGAUGCAAAUCUAGAAUUGAUUGAAGCGAAGAAUCAAUAUGAAUCCGAAUUAGACAAAGCAAAAGAACUACAUCCAAAUGAUGAGAAGAUUGAUGAAAUCGAGAAAAGCAUUAAGGACUUGUUCAAAGCAAAUAAAUGGAUAGAUAGUGAGAGCUAUGAGAAUGAUUUUUGUAAUGACGAGGAUAUUCAAAUGUGUGCAAGUCAAGAAGAGCAAGCACGUCUUGAUACAGUUGAUAGAGUUAAAAAAAGUGAAUUACCACCAGAUCACGAUGACUAUCUUGACCUUAUUGCUUGGUUAAAAUCUCCUGAAGGGAUAUUGGAGAUUGAAAGAGAUUAUGAAAUGAUUGAAAGAGAGUAUGAUAAUAAACAAUGUCCAUCAUUCUCUCUUGGAAUAAGUCAGCUAUGCAAAGAGUUGAUGGAAGAACAUGGAUCAGAUGCUGAUGGUAAUAAAGAUGAUGGGAAGAGAACUGAUCCAUUGCCACAAAAACAAAUGGAGAAAAGGACAAAGAGGGAGAUCAAGGUCGGGCCAGCUUUUCGAUCACCAUACCUUCAAAGAAACAUUGAUGUCAAUUCAAGUUACACCAGGCAAGAAAUUGCUGUCUACAGGUGGAUGAUUCUGGACAAUAUGAAUGACAUGGAGCAAGUUUUUGUGUGUGGAGAGUACACAUGUUUCCGAAAAGUAAUAAAAACACUCAUGCCAGAUAGAAAGGUGUCAUAUGCUGUUAUAGACAUGUGGUCAUUUUUGAUGAAUGCUAGAGAAAAUUAUAAAUCCACGGAAUCACCGAUGCGUCUAUACAUGGACACUGGUCUUUCGAUUGCACCUUUGGAUGACAAAAGGAGUAGUGAAGAACAGUAUGAGCAUUUUAAGAGUGAAAUGAAGCACUAUUUUGAAAGAUACCCAAAUAGAAGUAUAGGAAACGCUGAUUUGAUAUUUUUUCCGGUGCUUGCAUAUGGACAUUUGUACUUGAUCAGUUUCAAUUUAAAGAAGCCGGCAUUUGAUAUCAUCGAUAACAUCAGGCGAGGGAGAAAUGCUGCAAAGGAGUAUGGUCCAAAGCCUAAAUUGUUGCGCAAACACUUUGUGAAUUACUUGUUUGAAAACAAGUUUGAGUUGCUUGCACAAUCAUUGAAGAACGUCAAGCCUAUGUACAUGAUAAUGCCCUGGCAAACAUUAGGCAAUUACAAGGACUGUGGAAUAUUCUUGAUAAGACACAUGGAAACUUACAAAGGCGAACCAAAGAAUUGGAUCACUGAUUUAAAAGCUGAAAGUACCAUCCAAUCAGCGCAACUGAUAAAGCUCCGUGCAAAGUACUGUCAUGCCAUUUUGACAUCUCCUCUGAAUGAAAAAAGACAGCACGUACUGAAUGAAUCAAAACUUCUGUACAACAAGAUGGCAUCGGACAAAGUGAUGAGUAUAGUGCUUGCUGCAAGUGAAAAAAAGAAUGGAGCUGUAUUUCGAAGGAAUGAUAUUAAAGGGAAGGUUCUGUUCCCAGAAGAUCAAGACCCCACAGAAGAUGACACACCUGAAAAGUGAUUGAAUGAUGCUAUAGUUUGAUAAUUGUUACUUCUUUUACAAUCUCUAUGAUAUCAUGAAACUGCUCAACAAUUAGUACUGUUUCAAGAUUGAGAAAUUAAAUUGGUUGUAUGAGAUGUUGACACUUUCAAUUGCUAUGGAAUGCA